UGUUCCAUUCAACGUUCCUUCAUCUUUGUUGUUGGUCUAUGGCCAUGUCCUCCCAUUGCGGUUUCUCCAACGGAUUACCACCUCGCUUGGUGUAGUGAUCGGGAGGAGCGUGUUUCGAUUACAGUUCCCCCGCCUCUUUCUCCCGCUCUGGCCAGUGCCCUAGUUGGUAGAGCAUGCGAUUCUCUGUGAUUUCGCUCGCCUUUUAUUACUUGUGUGGCGUUGUCACGGAAGGGUGGAGGUCGGAGUGAGUGUUGUAGGCGUUGUAUCUUUUCCGACUCUCGGUUGGUUUCAUUGUAAUAACGCGCCAGAGGGCUGGAGACUGCAGAAUUGUCAACAUCACGAUGAGCGGGCUUGUUAGGGGCCGACCUGUGAGAAGAGAUGGUAGCGGAACUGAUACCGUUGCCAAAUCCGGGGCGAAAGAGACUCUAGCCAUUGUGGAUUUAGAUGAUGUGCCAGAUGAAGCCUUUGCUGCGUCUGACGCGAAACGGAAGAAGACGCCUUCCAGGACUUCCGCGAAAAAACAGAAAGUUUCGGCAGGGGUGGGAGGUUCGAAGAAAAAACAAGCUCCUAAAGUGCCUAAUGUAGCGAAAACCGUUGGUGAAGAAGAGGACGAAGACUCGAGUAUGCUUUGCGAUGAUGGUGAUGAUGCCGCAGCUGCAGAAGAAGUGGUGGGUGCUGAAUUGGACAAAGACGACGUUGAUUGUUCCUUCAUAGAGAGCAGUCGAAUACCUUCUCAUGUAGCAAAAAAAGAUUAUCCUCAUCGAUAUGCAGAUAGUUUACAGGCGGAUGGCAACAAAUCAAAGAGAUACAGGACGCAGACUGUGGAAGAGCAACCGCUUGCUGUAAUCGCACAUUACCGGCAGGCUGAGGUGGAGGGGAAACUGUAUAAGCUAGGCGAUUGUGUCCACGUUCAUUCUGGCUUGGAGGACCCCUUCAUAGGAAGAAUUACCGAGUUCUAUGAGAAGGAAGAUAAGUCUCCAUGGUUUCAUGCGCAGUGGUUCUUCAGAUCGUAUGACACCUUGAUGGGUAAAGAAGGCCGGAAUCACGACCCGAAGAAAAUCUACUAUUCUGAAGUGGCGGAUGAAAACGAACUGCAUGUGAUUGUGGGGAAAGUAUCUGUUAUUAGAAUUGCCUCAAAGGAUCGAUCCGACAGAUCACCAAUAAAGACUCCGGCCUGUGAUUAUUACUUUGAUAAAGGAUAUAUGUUUCAGUAUGGGACUUUUUACACGCUCCCAAAAGAUUUGCCUGAGCCCCCUGGACUAGCCCAAGCGGAGAACAAAUUCCACAUCACGGAAAACACUAUUGCAUCGAAGAGCGGGUCUAAGUCCACGGAAUCGGAUAAUUCAUGCAGCGACUCUAACGACAAGAAAGAUUUCUAUCUUCUUGAUCUGUACUGUGGGUGUGGUGCCAUGUCGACUGGAAUAUGUCUAGGGAUGAACCUAGCAGGCAUUAAUCUUGUUACGAAAUGGGCCGUGGACCUGAACGAGUUUGCAUGUAUGUCAUUAAAGUAUAAUCACCCAGAAACCACUGUCCGAAACGAAGCUGCUGAAGAUUACCUGCAGUUGCUGAAAGAGUGGAAGAAAUUGUGCGAGAAGUAUCCGGUAGGAUGUGUUGUGCAGGAGGACAGUGAAGAAGAUGAAGAUGGAGAUGAUGACCCGGCAGCAGGGGAGUAUGAAGUGGAGCGACUUCUCGGAAUACGGUGGGUUGGAGAAGUAAGCGAGAAAGACAAAGAGGUUAUGGAGCAAGUGGAUGACGUGGUGGAUAAUGAAGAGGUCCCAACUGCGAAGACUCCUAAAACCCCGAAGACCCCCAAGAAAGAAAAAAUUGAGAAGGACGCUGAGGUUCCUCUAACCAAAGGUCUCGAGUUCAAGGUCAGGUGGAAGGGUUAUGCUCCUGAGGACGAUACAUGGGAACCAGCUGCAAGUUUGGAUCACUGCCCAGAACGUGUGAAGGAGUUCGUAUUAGAAGGGAGGAGACAAAAGCUACUUCCACUUCCUGGUGAUUGUGAUGUUAUCUGUGGAGGCCCUCCUUGCCAAGGCGCCAGUGGAUUCAACCGGUUUCGGAACAGAGUAGAUCCUUUGGCAGAUCCAAGGAACAAGCAGAUGGUUGUGUAUAUGGACAUCGUUGAUUUCUUGCGUCCUAGAUUUUUCAUCAUGGAAAACGUUGUUGAUAUUCUCAAGUUUUGUGAUGGCAUACUGGGGCGCUAUGCUCUUGCAAGAGCUGUGGGAAUGAAUUACCAGUCAAAAGUUGGCAUCAUGGUCGCUGGGUGCUACGGAAUGCCUCAAUUUAGAGCGCGAUGCUUUUUGUGGGGAGCGGCUAGUGACGAGAUACUUCCGCCCUAUCCAAUGCCCACACAUAAGGUUAUCGUACGUGGUGGUUUCCCACAGAAAUGGGAGAGAUGUUUAGUUGCUUAUGAAGAGAACAAGCAACCUGAAUGGUUACAGCUACCUCUUGUGCUCAAGGAUGCACUUUCUGAUCUUCCUGCUGUUGGGAAUGAUCAAAGCAAAGAUGACAUUUCAUACGACGAGGAGCCGCAAUGUGAUUUUCAACACUUCCUGCGCUUACCAAAGAAAGGAACUGGUGGUCUAGGCAGUCUUGGUCCACAACAAAAGAAAAAAGCUAUCCUUCCAGAUCAUCGACCUCUUUGCUUGAAUGCAGAUGACUAUGAACGCGUGAAACAAAUCCCGAAAAAAAAGGGAGCGAAUUUUAGAGAUUUGAAGGGCAUAAUCAUUAAAGCGGAUGGAGUGACUGUGGAUGUGGUCAGGGAGCCGCGCGAACUUCUGAAAUCGGGCAAGCCCUUGGUGCCAGACUAUGCUAUUAGUUUCAUACGUGGACGCUCUUUCAAACCCUUCGGAAGAUUGUGGUGGGAUGAGACAGUUCCAACCGUUGUUACACGAGCAGAGCCUCAUAAUCAGAUCAUUCUUCAUCCUGAGCAGGAUCGCGUGCUGACUAUCAGAGAGAAUGCCCGACUACAAGGAUUUUCUGACUACUACAAGUUAUUUGGUCCAAUCAAGCAACGAUACAUGCAAGUAGGCAAUGCAGUUGCGGUGCCUGUUGCAACAGCUCUUGGAUACGUCCUUGGACAGUCUUUUCUCCGUAAGGUCUCACAUCAACAAGAAACGCUGGAGCUUCCUCGCCACUUUCCUUAUUGCUUGACGAUCGACCCGUGAGCUUCGCACGAGAAAAAGACCCCAAACGAUUAAUCAGUGGGAUGGAUUGCCGUGGGGGUUGCUCUCAGCCCCUCAGCCUCACUACUCACUCUGACCAAUUUAACUCAGGGUUGCAUUCGAGAGUAGUGCAGUGGUAAUAACCUCUCUGCAGGUGGGCACAGCAGCCAAGAAAAGAUGGACCUACGCGCUGUCACACUGGGUAAUGCUCACCUGGUAGCAAUUGAGGUUUAGGCAAUGAGAGGGUGGGACCCUGACACUUGGGUGGAGUAGCUGUUAACUUCGACACUCCAUCAUGUAUUCAGCAGAAGAAUCAAACUGCAGUUAGUCAUUUCUAGAGCUGACAACGGGCUAUGUGGAAAUCUGCCAAACUGUGUCUCGACCUUGCAACAAUUAUUACGUUAGUUACUCUAGAGUUGAGUUAAAACGAAUGUGCCCAUAACGUGACCAGUAUUAUGAUUAUCAUAAAAGGAUGCAUUAUUUGUAUUGAAA